AGACCAGUGGUCCUCUCCCAGAGCACCCAGCAGCCUCUUCUAUCCCGGAUCACAAGAAGCCCGCGUUCAAGCUCAGAGUCGACAUGUCUGCUGCCCGCCUGCUGCUCACACUGGCCGUGAUGCUGCUCAGCGCCAUGAUGCUCACAGAAGGUCUGCGGAUGGCCACCGAACCCAAGAGCUGCUGCUUUUCCUUUGCAACAAAAGAACUGAAGCCACAACAAGUGAGCAGUUACAGAAAGACCAGCCAGCAGUGCCCCAGUGCUGCCGUGGUGUUCACCACCCGUCGCGGCUACAAGGUGUGUGCCAAGUCCAGCGAGCCGUGGGUGCAGACACUCAUCAGCAAAAUCGAGGACAGAAAGGCGCUGCAGUAGGGCUGGGGCCAGCAUUCCGGUGGAAUCCUUUUUGUGCCGCUGAAGUUUGCGAGCCAGCCCAGUAUUUCCAUCCCGACAGGCACCAGCUUGGCACUCUUGCUAUGGAAAUUCACGGGCAUUCAGGCUGGCGGCCUGUUUCUAUGAAGACCUACUCGUCCCCCCACAUGUGGCAGCCGUUAUUCCCUCAGGAAUCAUUUCCCAAUAGCCUUUAUAUCAGCACUUGCGCUGCCAUUAAGCUAAAAUUCAUACAUGUCAUUGAAGCUGCGAGACUCUCAUGAAUGUUAGAUUAAGAGCUUUACCAAUAAAAUUAUUUAAAAUGUU